AUAAGUCACUGUUUACUCCACUAUUUUUCAAAAGAUAACCCACUGGAAUUUCACGUUUUGCGAAUGAAAUGAAAUAUUCUGAUAAAUUAAGUGUUUAUUAAUGACGCAAAAUUGAUAAGGAUUUGAUAAAAUACUUUGUUUUCUGAUUAAGUCAUGAUAUUCAUUGUUUUUGAAUAAGAAUUUUGAUCGUAUAUUUUCAUUAUUAUAGUUUGUUGUUAGAAUAAUUUCUUUAUUGUAAUUGUAUCAAUUUAAUAUUUUCAUUUCAAAUUUUGAAAAACUUUAGUUAUCCCCUUUUAUUUUAAUCACUAAAUUUUUCUUAGAAGACUAUAUAAGUGAAUAAUUAAGUGUAUCAAUAAUGGUGGACCGAUUAGUAAAUAGCGAAGCAAAUGCUCGGCGUAUUACAAUGGUUGAAAGUUGUUUUGGAAGUUCAGGCGAGCCAUUGGCUGUACCAGGGAGAGUUUUAGUAGGUGAAGGAGUUCUGACUAAAAUUUGUCGUAAGAAGCCUAAGCCUAGGCAAUUUUUCUUAUUCAAUGAUAUUUUAGUUUAUGGAAAUAUUUUAAUAAAUAAAAAGAAAUAUAAUAAACAACAUGUCAUUCCAUUGGAAGAAGUCAAAUUAGAAUCAUUACAAGAUGAAGGCCAAUUGCGAAAUGGAUGGUUAAUUCGUACAGCAUCAAAGUCAUUUGCUGUAUAUGCAGCUACUUCAACAGAAAAACAAGAAUGGAUGGCUCAUAUAAAUAAAUGUAUAGAAGAUUUGCUAAGAAAAAGUGGUAAAAAAGCUGUUGAAGUUCAUGCUGCUGUAUGGGUACCAGAUUCUGAAGCUAAUGUCUGUAUGCACUGCAAAAAGACCCAAUUUACUGUACUCAAUCGAAGACAUCAUUGUCGUAACUGUGGAACAGUUGUAUGCGGUCCAUGUUCUAGUAAACGUUUUUUGUUACCGAAUCAAUCAUCCAAACCACUGCGUGUGUGCCUAAAUUGUUUUGAUAAACUUUCUAGAGAUAAAGCUCAACAAAAUAGUACCAAUUUAAAUUAUCACAAAAAUUCACUAAAAGAUCGUAGUGAGUCAUCAGGAGAAGACGAAUCUGAUGAUGAUGAUAGUUUUGUUGCAUCAACUACUACUCCUGAUCAGCCCAAGUUCUAUUGAUUGUAAAAAUAUUGAGUAUUGUAUAAGUUUUACAAAUACAUGGAAUCUAUUAUUUGCUAA